CUCGAUUCAUUUGCUCUCUAAUUCACCGAAAAGUGUAGUCAUAUUCUCAAUUAAUCACGUAAUUAUUCUCUUUGAGUUAUAUAUGUCAAAUCCUAGUUUUUGAAAACACACAACAACUUCUCCGACGACCGUUAUGGGAUGCUCUUCCUCGAAGCUCGACGGUUUACCGGCCGUCGCUCUAUGCCGUGACCGCUGCACCUCCCUGGAGGAGACUCUCCGCCGUAGCUACGCACUAGCCGACGCUCACGCCGCUUAUCUGCUCUCCCUAAACACCGUCGGUCCAGCUCUUCAUAGAUUCUUCGUUCAAGCCGUCGAGUCUCGGCCGGAUGUUGAGUCCGAACCCGACGAAUCGCCGGACACUUCUUCGCCGGAAUCCUCUUACACGCCUCACUCCGUCAGCAGCUCAGAUUCCGAUUUGCCUCCCAAAUUCGACUCGGAUUGUGAGGGAGACGGAAACAAAGGUACGGAUUGCGAUCUCUUUAGAUGUCAAAAACUCGCAGCCUUGAAUCCCAGUCACGACCCGUUCUACUCCCGGAAUUACGAUUCCGGCAUCGUAACGUCGCCUCCUCCGCCGCCGCCUCCUCCGCCGCCGCCUCCGAGCAAUUACGCUUGGGAUUUUAUCAAUUUCUUCGAUAGCUAUGAGUUUUCGUACACUACGAACUUGAAAGAUAGAGAGACUACUCGUUGUCUUGAUGAAGAUAAGUUAACGAAGAAGAAGAAUGAGAAGACUGCUCCUAUUCACCGAAACGAGGGGAAGACUGGAACAGAGGAAGAGAAGUGUAUCUCAAAAAUCUCAGAGAAGAAGAAACCUAAAUCGGAGAAACGCAGAAAGUGUGUUCCGGGAGAAUCAAAGGAUCAAAAAGUUUCGUCGGAUUUAUCGGAAGUCACGAAGCAAUUGCAGGAGAUGUUCAAGAAAGCUUCGGAAGCAGGGAACGAUGUUUCGAAGAUGUUCGACACUUCGAGAUUCAGAUAUUACCAGAAAAGCUCAGUUUAUCAAGCUUCUUCAAACGUGCUCUACGCGAAGAAGACGACUUCUGUAGAUCCAAAACCAGCGGAAGAUUUUGGAUCUAAUUCCAGUAAUCUUUCAUCUACUCUGAAUAAACUCUUCAUGUGGGAGAAGAAACUGUACCAAGAAGUAAAGGCUGAGGAGAAACUCCGCACAUCUCACAUGAAGAACUACAAACAGUUGAGGAGAUUGGAAGGGAAAAGUACAGAUCUAAGCAGAAUCGAAUCCAUUCGUUCUUCGAUUCAGUGUCUGUCCACGAGGAUGAGAGUCUCUAUCCAUAAGAUAGACAACAUAUGUCUGAUGAUAAACAAGUUACGCGAUGAAGAACUCUGGUCCCAAACGAGAGAAAUGAUCCACAGGUUGUCUGAUAUGUGGAGCUCUAUGCUAGAAUGUCACAGUAAACAAGCACGAGUAAUCGCAGAGGCUAAGAAGCUUGAUAAGAUGACAUUAAAGGGAAAUCUAGACAUAUCUCAGCUUGAGCUUGCUUUAGAACUGAAACUGGAGCUGAGGAAGUGGAGCCAAAGUCUGUCGAACUGGAUAGAUGCUCAGGCUCAGUACGUUAAGGCACUGAACAGUUGGCUAAUGAGAUGUAUGAAGCAAGAGCCUCAAGAACCAACACCAGAUCUCUUAGAAGAGCCACCACUGUUUGGUGUCAUCAACAGUUGGUGGCAAACCCUUGAGAGAUCAGAUGGAGAGGAGGAGUUUACCGAAGCGGUUUACGCUGUCUUGAUGCAACUAAACCGUCAUGUGGAGAAACAGAGGAUGGAGUUGGAGGAGCAGAGGAAUGUUAAUGGUGGCGAUAAGGAUAUAGAGAGGAAACUUGUGAUGUUGGAGAAGGAAGAGCAGAAGAUGAGGAGGAAGAUGAAGACAGUACCAUCUGUUGAAGUAAUGGGAAGUUUAAAUCUGAAGUCGAACAUGGAGCAGAUUUUCAAAUCUAUGGAGAAAUUAGCUACAGACUUGAAGCAGACUUAUGAGGAACUUGACUUGAUAGGCACGUAAUGUACCCUUUUGUUUUAGUUCUUAUAAAGUUCGUCUAUCUAUUUUUCUCUCUUGUUCUUUGAAGAGUUUUAAAUUGAAUUUUGAUUGUGGACAUAAGACAUACGUAUCAAUUGUAUAUGCAUCUAAUGAUUUUUUAUACUGUUAGAUGUCUUCCAAUCAUC